CUGCAAUGUCUACCACUCAGCUCCGAGAUCACAGAGAACGCCAAUAACCAAAUAAUGACUCGAUUCGAAGACCAAAUAGCAGACACCGUGCUGGAAACUUUCGACGCUCUUCCAGCAAAGCGCAAACCCCGUCAACGCGAGGAUGGAUCGCGAGAAUGGGUCCCUCUAUCAGGCAUUGUGCUUUCUAAAGGUAGCAAUGAAUUAGCAUGCGUGUCACUAGGGACAGGCAUGAAAUGUCUUCCACGAUCGAAAAUCCCACAGGCCAAUGGCAUGGUACUACAUGACUGUCACGCUGAGAUACUGGCCAUCCGCUCAUUCAACAGAUUUCUCAUACAAGAGUGCCACGACCUAGUUCUCGCCGGAGAGCAGAGCUCCCGGUUCGUCCGACGACGUAGACAGAGCGAGAUUUCUACGACUUCAUUUCAGCCAUUUGCCAUGAACAACGACAUUCGUAUCCACAUGUUUAGCUCCGAAGCGCCGUGCGGAGACGCCAGCAUGGAAUUGACCAUGUCCGCGCAGGAAGACCCAACACCAUGGGCUGUACCGCCACCAGCAACAAUACCAACCGAUGCGUCACUGGAUCAAACCUUGUCUUCAUCAGCGCAAGCACUUCCCGGGAGAGCAUACUUUUCGCAACUCGGCGUCGUGCGUCGAAAACCAUCGCGCCCUGAUGCGCCGCCAACGCUUUCAAAAUCAUGUAGCGACAAGAUGGCACAUAUGCAAUCAACCUCUCUCCUCUCGUCUGUCGCAUCCCUCCUUAUCCACCCUUCUUCUGCAUAUCUCUCAACUCUCGUCCUUCCUGAAUCACAGUAUUCCGCCACCGCAUGCACGCGAGCCUUUAGCCCCAGCGGGAGGCUUAAAGCUCUUGCGGGACGUCAGUGGGAAGGCGGCUAUGCAUUUCAGCCAUUCGACGUCCGGACCGCGACGCGGGAUUUCAUUUGGUCGCGGAGGAAUCCUGCCAGUGUUACCGCUUCUUCAAUAGCGCCUGUGACUCCAGCAAUCGGGGACGGGCGCAGCAGCAGCAGCAGCAGCAUCGAAAGUACCGGCCCAAAAUACAUUGCAAGUAAUCUUUCUGCAGUACAUACUUCUACUCCGCGCGAUCAACCACCAAGUAAACAACUGCAGGAGACCCUCAUCAAUGGCGUCUUGCAAGGCCGCAAGAUCUUUGACCCGCGCGGCGCCAGCAUUCUGUGCCGCAAGCGGAUGUGGCGCGCUGUCGUGGACGUGUUGGCCCUUGCAACAGCCGCAGCAGCAGGAGCGGGGACAACGGGCGCCAUAUCCUCGUCACAUCCGUCAGGCCCAAGUUCAAACUUUGACCAAGCUCAAUAUGAAACAUACGAGACACUCAAAUCGAGAAAUCCGCUCCUUGAAAGUCGACGGAAAGUCAAGGCAGACGUACGCAGCGCAUCGGGCCUACCGGAGUGGGUGCGUAAUGACGGGGAUGAAGAUUUUAGAUUAGAUUAAUGUUGAGAGAUUAAUUGUACAUCAAGGAUAAACACAAAUGGUUUUUCUUGGUUUGACAUGGACAUAUUGUCCCAAUUGUAUUUUUAUAUAGAGUCCUAGUUCCUUUCCGGGCCAAAAUGCUCGUCGAGAUAUCCAAGGUAGAUACAUGCAAAGCUUAAAUAGGAGGGAGUGAACAAUUCGACGACAUGUAUG